CACUGAAAAAUGCUUUGAUAUUGAUUUUGAAUCCAGGAAAGAAAACAAGGUCGAGGUCGAAAUCAAGUGUCCGAUUUCUAUUUAUAAAACAGGGAUGGGACGGGUGAAAAAAAUUCGGAUCGGGUCGAAAAAAAAGGCCGAGUAACGUCUCAUCCCUGUUGUAAAAGUUGAUAUUUUGAUAUUUUUUUAUUAAAUUUUUAUUUUUUUUUUAUUUUUUUGUGAUUUUUAGCGUUUUAUCUACGCAUUUGUUAUAUUUUUACAUUUAUUUUAAUCAAUUUUUUAAAGAUUUUUUAGAAAAGAAAAAAUGACCGAAUUAUUGUUAGACCCUUCCAUUCGAACUUGGGUGUUUGUGCCUAUUGUCAUCAUAACUUUUUUGGUUGGAAUAUUGCGCCAUUAUAUAUUUUUGCUUUUUUUGGGUAAAAAGAAGGGGGAUUUACAAUCUGUGAAAGAUGGACAUUUAUUGAUGAAGGCAAGACUUUUGAGAGAAAAUGGACGCUUUUUGCCUUCAAAUUCUUUUGGAAUGAGAAAACAUUGGCUAGCUGAUGAACAGAAUGGACAAUUACUCAAGCGAGUUGAAAAACAGUCGUCACAGCCUAAUCCUGCAUUCGACCCUUCCAUGAUGACGGAAAUGUUAAAAGGCAAUAUGUUGAAUAUGAUCCCUAUGAUUUUUAUUGGUGGUUGGAUUAAUUGGACAUUUUCUGGAUUUGUUACAACAAAGGUCCCCUUCCCUCUAACCCUUCGUUUCAAGCCAAUGUUACAAAGAGGAGUUGAUUUAAUGUCGUUAGAUGCUGCUUGGGUUUCUUCAGCUUCUUGGUAUUUUUUGAAUGUUUUUGGGCUUCGUUCGGUUUAUGCUCUAGUCUUGGGAGGUGAAAACGCGGCAGAUCAAAUAGACGAACAGGCAAUGAUGGGGCAACCACAAAUGUCUCAAGGACAGGAUCCAAAGGCAGCGUUUAAAGCAGAAUGGGAAGCUUUACAAUUAUAUACACACAAUUUUAGUACAAAAUAA